CGGCGAAGGAAAAAAAGCUCCACUCUCCCACUGGCUGCUAUGACCUAACCAGCAACCGGACGACCCUCUCUCGUUUUCGCCGCUGACCGCCGCGUCCGAAAUAGUUUGCCCAGUGCGUCCCUGGCACUCACACAUUCAGCAUUACGGUCGUUUAUGGUUGCACCGCCGCGACUUUUUACUCGUAGCUGCUGGCCCCUCGGAGGCUAGCUGGCUAGCAGUGCGGUGACAGAGUGGAGCCAGCUGGUCGGACUGAGGCAACCGCAACGUUAGCAAACAAGCUAAUUAGCCAGAAGGACUCAGCCUGGAUUAUUGUCUUUAAUAGGAGAGAGAGCGACACAGAGACAGAGACAGAGACAGAGAGAAGAGAGAGAGAGAGAGAUAGAGAGCAAGUGCAAGUCUGCGGGGCCACUCACUGCGGCAAAAUGAAGAUAACUGUGGAUUUCGAGGAGUGUUUGAAGGACUCCCCACGGUUCAGAGCCACCAUAGAGGAAGUGGAGGGGGAUGUGUGUGAGUUGGAAUCCAAGCUCGACAAAUUGGUGAAGCUGUGCAUUGGGAUGAUUGAUGCUGGGAAAGCCUACAACGCAGCCAACAAGCAGUUCGUUAAUGGGAUCCGGGAGUUAGCCCUGCAGUCCACCAGAGAUGAGGUCAUCGAGUCCAGUCUCACAAAGUUUGCUGAGAGCCUGCAGGAGAUGAUCAACUAUCACACGAUAUUAUUCGAUCAGGCCCAGAGAUCAAUCAAGACCCAGCUUCAAACAUUUGUCAAAGAUGACCUCCGUAAGUUUAAAGAGGCCAAGAAGCAAUUUGAUAAAGUGAGUGAGGAGAAGGACGCAGCACUGAUCAAGAACGCCCAGGCACCCCGCAACAAGCAACAUGAGGUGGAGGAGGCCACCAACAUCCUCACUGCCACACGCAAGUGCUUCCGACACAUCGUCCUCGACUACGUCUUACAGAUCAAUGUGCUACAAUCCAAGAGAAGAUCAGAAAUCCUGAAAUCGAUGCUGUCCUUCAUGUACGCCCACUUGACCUUCUUUCAUCAAGGAUAUGACCUCUUCAGUGAACUACAACCUCUUAUGAAACAGCUUGGAGGACAGUUGGACCAGCUGGUGGUGGAUGCUGCCAAAGAGAAGAGAGACAUGGAGCAGAAACACUCCACCAUCCAGCAAAAGGAUUUCUCGAAUGACGACACCAAGCUGGAGUACAAUGUGGACGCAGACAAUGGCAUCGCCAUGGAGGGUUAUCUGUUCAAGAGGGCCAGCAAUGCCUUCAAGACAUGGAAUAGGCGUUGGUUCUCCAUCCAAAACAAUCAGCUAGUUUACCAGAAAAAAUUUAAGGACAACCCUACAGUGGUGGUAGAGGACCUUAGGCUAUGUACAGUCAAACACUGUGAAGACAUAGAGCGUCGCUUCUGUUUCGAAGUGGUAUCACCCACCAAGAGCUGUAUGAUGCAGGCAGACUCAGAGAAGCUGCGACAGGCCUGGAUCAAAGCCGUCCAGAACAGCAUCGCCACCGCCUUCCGCGACAAGGGAGAUGAGGGCGAGAAGCUGGACAGGAAGUCGUCCACGUCGACAGGGAGUCUGGACUCUGGCGGGGAGCCCAAGGAGAGAUCGCUGAAAGGAGAGAGUGCCUUGCAGAAGGUCUUGGCCAUCCCCGGCAACGCCUGUUGCUGCGACUGCGGCCAGCCAGACCCUCGCUGGGCCAGCAUCAAUCUGGGCAUCACCCUCUGUAUACAGUGCUCUGGCAUUCACAGAAGUCUUGGAGUGCAUUUCUCAAAGGUUCGGUCUCUGACUUUGGAUACAUGGGAACCAGAACUACUUAAGUUGAUGUGUGAACUGGGGAACAGAGUGAUCAACCAGAUAUAUGAGGCUCGGCGAGAGGAGCUAGGAGCCAGAAAACCACAGCCAGGAGACCCGAGACACGAGGUAGAGGCCUACAUCAAAGCCAAAUAUGUGGACCGCCGGUUUGUACGCCGGCCGUCAGACGAGGAGCUUCGCACCAAAGUGGUUUCCCUUAGCAAACAGGAGAAGAGGCUGAGCAGCAGCUCUGAGCAUCUGCCCCCAAGACCGCCUCCGCCAACCCCCAAACUCCGACCUGGUUCAAACGUCUCGGGACAGACAGCUGUGGCCAGUGGCUUGGAGGCCCGCCGCGACUCUCUCUUCUGUCCUGACGAGCUUGACUCGCUCUUCUCCUACUUUGACACCUCCUCCAAGCUCAGGAGCAUAAAAAGUGCAGACAGUGGCAUCCAAAACAGCGCUGAUGGAAGCAGGGAAAUGCUGGCCACCACCCCUUCCAAUAACAGCCUGGCAGAUGCAGAUGCUGCUGAGUCUCUGCCCAUGCCCAUGCCCGCCACGCUGCCUCCUCCGUCGCCCUGUAAGGAGAUGGUUUUCUACGAGCCCAAGGAGUACAGCCCAGGUCUGCAGCUCUACUGGGCUUCAUGUGCCCGCAGCCUUCCAGACAUGGCGGAGGCACUGGCCCACGGAGCCGAGGUCAAUUGGGUCAACACUGAGGACGACAAGAGGACGCCGCUUAUCAUGGCGGUGCAGGGGGGUUCACUGGUCACCUGUGAGUUUUUGCUUCAAAAUGCAGCAAAUGUGAACCAGCAGGACGCUCAGGGUCGGGGACCCCUCCACCAUGCCACCAUGCUGGGACACACAGGGCAAGUAUGUUUGUUCUUAAAAAGAGGAGCAAAUCAAAAUGCUGCAGACAUUGAUGAGAAAACACCCCUGACCAUAGCGGUGGAGGCGGCCAACGCAGACAUUGUCACACUGCUGCGACUGGCGAAGAUGAACGAGGAGAUGCGAGAGGCCGAGGGGCCCUACAGCCAGUCAGGAGAUGAAACCUACCAGGACAUUUUCCAGGACUUCACCCUCAUGGCCUCCAAUGACCCGGACAAGCUGAACCGCUACCAGCAGUACGACCCGCAGCGGCCCUGACACUGCAGGAACGCCGUCCACUAGCACUUAGGAGAGGACACCGUCUACUUGACCUGAGGGAGACAAAGUAACGUCCUCCUGCACCUGGAAAGUCGCCUGGUCAUUUUUUCCUCCAACAUCAUUCAGAAACAUCUGCAUUAAAGGCGGUUAGUGCCACCACAGCUGGAAACAUGUAAACCAUCGUUGAAAAGUACAAGCACUUCACUGAAGUGAAGGGGAACUUCUGUGAACGGAAAACCUCACUUUUUAACUUUUUUUUUUUUUUACAAUAGUGCUUCUCAGUAGGACCUAUUACAACAAGUGAAUGGUACAAUGUUAAUGCCUUUAAAGGAUUUGCAGAGUAAUAGAAAAAUCUAAUGAUAAUUGAACUCGGUCUGAAUGUAGAGCUGCUGACAAAGCUUUCAGUUAUUUUGACUGAGUUUAAUCUUUCAUGUCACACUUCCUGACAAAAGACAAUUUCUUUUUGUUUUUUGUUUUUGUGAUAUUUAAAAAAAGAAGUGUGCCGCAUCUGUUGUAAAGAGAGGUAAGUGCAUGACAGACUGUUAAAUACUCCAUUUCAAGUUUUAAGUGUUUCCUCUUUUCCAUAGGAUUCUUUUUAUGAGCAUAGGCAUCUUUUUUGUAUCAAAGUUUUGUGUUACGAACUCUGAGCAUCGUACACAUGGCAAUAUGCUUUCACUUAUUUGCACAAAUCCCUUUGUCUUAUAUCGCCACUGAUGUUUACCAGUUUUGAUGGUAAGACUUUGACGUGUUCACCAAUGUACAGUGAUUAUGGAAGUAAACACUGAUGCGCUUUUUUUUUUCCUUUUUUUUUUUUUAAAUGCUUGUUAUUUUUAAACAUUUCCCUCUGAAGGAUUUUAAUUUCCCAUGUAGUCACCAUGUCAGUACCUGUGGCAGUCACCCCUUCAGCUCCCUGAUUUUGUGAAAAUAGAACGGCUUCAGUCGUCUGAGGUGAUUAUUCAUUUGUAGAUUCAGUCUCAUGCUGACAUAAGAUUAAAACGUUAAGAUGGGGAGCUAAGAACUGUACGUCAGUCUGGACCUAUAGUAUAGUAUAUGUUGACAUUUUAUUCCCGUUGAUUUCAGAAUUGUCUACAACACUUAAUUUAUUUUUACAGGUUCAUAAUUUUGUAAUAAUUUCCACAGAGGUUUCCUGGAAGAAUCUGUGUCAUUUGGUAAUAAUUAUAGGGAAUGAAGGAUUUUCCUUGAAAGAACAGCUCCAUCUAAACCCAAGUAAACGUUCAUUUAAUACUGGAAGCUUAAAGUUUCAAUCCUAAAGAUUUCAGUCCUGUUUGAUUUGGCCACACCUGUGCUUAGCUUGGUAACGAAAAGUGCAGUUAAAUAUAUACAGCAACUCUUCAUCUAACAGCUCACUUUGGCUGUUCCUGCUCAUUUCAUUACCCCCCCACUGCUGAAGUUAAAAAAAUGAUCCAUUGACGAAAAAAUGCUGAGAAUGACUCUGUUUUUUUUUUAAGAUGCAUUUUUGAGAGACGCAAACGUCAGUGACAAAUACAUGUUGUUUCCUGUGACUGCUUCACAAUAAAAGCCAACCUGUAUUUGCCCAGUUGAACACUUCUGAUACGAAGCGUCAGCAGUAGGAAAUGUUUGGGAGAGUUCAGUGAGGCUGAUAUCAGUGAGAUGAAAUUACAAACGGUAACGCUUGAUUACAUGCUGCAUCAUUUCCUGUGAAUCCCCUGUGAAAAGCCAGGCAGUUUGAAACCAGGAGGGGAACGGUGGACCCCGUCGCUGACAAUGCAGACUGCUAUACAUAGAGAUAAUUACUGAAUAUAAAUACAUUUAAUGGCUAUUGAUGAAGAAAUAACGACCAUAAAUAGCAUCAAAAACUAAGCCUGAUUUCAUGAUAAUCAUAAUGAUUAUAAUGUUAACUCCUCAUAAAUGUUGAAUUCUGAUAAAUCAACUGACCUGCUGUACACUGACUAAGAGACUCUACAUUAUCCAGACAGAUAUUUGGAAUGAAUGACUCAACACUGAACACUGUCCCUCUUCAUCUAUAAUUAGUAGCAAAUUACACAGUUCUUUCAGGGGAGCUUACCAAAAAAUUUCCAAGAAUUAUCAGGAAAUUAUGGACCUGUAACAUUACGUAAAGCAAAACCAAAAUACCAUGCAUAGUCUUACUUUUUUUUUCCAGAUAAAAUCACUCGCUCUUAAUGACCUGGUUUAGAAACUAUCAGGCGCUUUCACCGGAAUGUUUAAACUCAGAAAUGAAUUCUGCAAAUUUCAUAAUAGAAGUUAUGCACUGUACUUUAGGGUCUGUUGUUUUCUUCCUCUUAUUAAAAUGUAAAAUCUUCGCUUGUCUUUAACAUUUAUAGUAUAUAGCAAGAUAUGAUAUAGGUUUCAGAGGAAACCUUUGGCCACUGUCACAUGGGAUACAAUUCUUGUACAUUUUGUACAGAUGCUUUUGAAUUGUCCAGAGAACUGAAGUAUAAAGUUAGAGGUACUUGAAUCAUUAAAUAAGCUUUUGUAAAUGCUGUUCUUUGUAUCCUUCGGUAAUUUUAGCCCAUUUUAUAUUGCCUGUCUGUAUACCACUAUACAUGUACUGUAUAUUCUACCUGUAAUAUGCAAGGACUUCAAUACAUAUGAACUGAGGAUUCA